AUGGUCCUCUGCGAUGUCCUGAAACGAUAUCAACAACUCCAGGGCAAGAGUGCCUUUCUCAGCACCGGUACCGACGAGCACGGAAUGAAAAUUCAACAAGCAGCCGCAAAGGAAGCCGUAACACCGAAGGAGCUUGUCGAUAAUAACUCGCAAAAAUUCCUCAAGCUGGCCCACGAAGGCGGCAUAUCGCAAGACACUUUUAUUCGCACGACCAACCAGCAACAUAAGAGGGCAGUCAGUCACUUCUGGACGCAGCUGAAGAAUGGUCUGCCGAAGCGACUAGGUCUUUACAAGAGCACUCACAAGGGUUGGUAUAGCGUCAGUGAUGAGUGUUUCUACCCGGAUGACUUGAUAGAGGCCUCACUCGAGCCCCAGACGGGAAAGAAAAUCAUGGUGAGCUCCGAGACUGGGAGUAUGGUGGAGUGGGUCGAGGAGGAGACAUGGUUCUUCCCUCUCACCAAGUACAAGGAGCAAUUGUUAAAGUUAUACGACGAAAAUCCAGGCUGGAUCCAGCCGGAAAGCAAGAUGAAGGAGGUUAGGAACUGGGUCGAGAACCAUCUGGAGGAUCUCUCAGUUACACGACCUGCCGCCAGACUAAGCUGGGGAAUCAGUGACCCUGAAGAUCCAAAGCAUACGAUUUAUGUGUGGGUGGAUGCUUUGAUCAAUUACUUGACAGUUGCUGGUUAUGGAGAUAAGUGGCAUCUGAAGGAGGAGAACAUGGGGAUCUGGCCUGCCGAUCUGCAGGUUGUUGGAAAGGACAUCAUCCGCUUCCACGCAGUGUACUGGCCAGCUCUUCUCAUGGCACUCGACCUUCCUUUGCCCAAGAAGAUUCUCUGCCACAACCACUGGACCAUGUCGAACCGUAAGAUGUCAAAAUCUGUUGGAAACGUGGUGAAUCCAUUCUUUGCCAUCCAGCGGUGGGGUACAGACCCUCUACGAUACUUUCUUAUGCGUAAUGGAUCCCUCAGCAAGGACACGAGCUACUCCAACGAUCUCAUUGAGAUGAUUUACCUGAAGGAACUGCAGGCAAAUAUCGGCAACUUGUACUACAGAAUUUGCCGACCUAAGAGCUCGUCCAGAUGGUCGACCAGGGACGCUAUCGAAAGCUUCUUCGCGGGCGACUUCCAAAAGAACGAGCACAUGGUUGAUCUAUCAGAUCCGCGCUAUAAUUAUUCAUCGCUGGAACCACACAUUGACGGUGUGCUCGACGUUUACAAGAAAGAAAUGGACAACAACAACCCCGCCGGUGCUAUCAAUGAGAUAUUCAGCCUGCUUCGAGAGGUUCGUGCUUCUUAGACUUUGGAGCCUAGAAGCGGCUCGCUCAGUUGACUUCCGCUAACAUUUAGUGCUUGCAGACCAAUCGCUACGUCUCCGAUACAGAGCCCUGGAGUAUCGCGAAGAAGACAGACGCCCCGGAGUUCCGCGUUGUCCUCAACUGGGUUGUAUUUAAUUCCAUCGAGGCGCUCCGCAUAGCGGGGAUCCUCUUACAGCCCAUCAUGCCCACCAAGGCCGGAAGGCUACUGGAUGAACUCAACGUCAAACCUGAACGACGGACAAUGCAGUGGGCAGUGCGGGGUACGGAUGACAGCUACGGAAUCUCGCCGACAGAUUCCAGGGUCAUGGAGAAGGUCCAGUCGUGGGAUACAAUCUUCCCACCUACGCCGGCGGCCACGUACUCAGAUCCCGAGGUGCUGGAAAUCCUCGGGGGCAUCGUGGAGAAUCCAACGAAAAACAGGUUGAACAAGAUGAGCGAGUGGAUCGCCAUGGAGGCGCGGCUGGGCGAGGCGGGUGUCAGAGAUUUGCUGCUGUCACGAAAGAAAAAGCCGACGAAUACGCAGUAG